AUGGCCGAAUUAGCGGAACGAAUCCUCCUCCAGACCAAUGCAACCAAGAGAAUGAUUCUGACUGCUGCAAAAACGGCAAGUAGUACCCAACUUACAAAUGUUCACCAACGCUUUCAGAAAGGUGGGGAUGGCGGUGCACCAUCAGAAUGUGACAGUCAAUACCACUCAGAUGAUACACCUGUAGUGGCACUUUCAACUGGAUGGUAUAACCAUGGGAAUAGAUGCUUAAACUAUAUAAAUAUCCAUGGCAAUGGAAAGAGUGUUAAGGCCAUGGUAGUUGAUGACUGUGACUCUACAAUGGGAUGUGAUUCUGACCAUGAUUAUCAACCUCCUUGUCUGAACAACAUUGUAGAUGCUUCGAAAGCUGUUUGGAAAGCAUUAGGAGUUCCCGAAAGCGAUUGGGGAGAAAUGGAUAUUUACUGGUCUGAUGCGUGA